GAAAAGGUUUCUCAAUUAGACCAAUUAGAGAAACUCUUAGAUAAAAAAUUCUCACGUUUAAACAUUCAACCUCUUAAUAUUUCUGAUGAUUUUGUACAAAAUCUUGAGUCUAAUUUUACUGAUAAUAUUGAGUCUACUCAAAAUACUGGAGAUGUAAUCUCUUCCGAGCUAAAUAAGUUGAAAGGUAUGAUUAAAAAACAACCGGGAAAGAAAUACGCUGAUAUUCCCCAUAUGUCUACUGCAUAUUAUCCACGCCUAACUCCUCAAGAUGCUCUGAUAGAGGAAAGGGAAUGGAAUCAGACAAAUACUUCUUAUAGUGGAUUUACUGGCCAACUUCGAGGCUGGUGGGAUAAUUUCUUGGACGAUGAAAAACGCGAGGCUAUUUUUAAUUCCACCAAUGAUAAUCCCGGGAAAGAUAAUCUAGGACGACCUCUUCGGGCAGGACGUUCGGAUGCUGUCUAUACCCUUAUGCUUACAAUUAUUGAACAUUUCGGAGGAAGAUUUACUAAUCAAUAUGAAAACAUUAGGACCCUUCUUAAUGGUUUAAAAUGUAAACACUUAGGCGAAUUUAGAUGGUAUAAAGAUACCUUUCUUGGUAGGGUUAUGGAUUUACCCGAAAGUAAGUAUGACCAUUGGAAAGCUAAAUUCAUUGAUGGCCUUCCACCUUUAUUUGCUGAAAGAGUUAAAAAAUCUCUUAGAGGAUCUUAUGGAGAAGUCCAGUAUUCAGAAAAAACUUAUGCUAGACAGAUUAAGCUUGAUAAACUCAGAGAAAAAUCCCAAUUAGGAGACUUUUGUGAGCGAUUUGGUAUGGAUAAACCCUUCGUACGAAAACCCCAAAGAUAUUCCAAGCCUAAUAAAUCCUAUAGAAAUAAACGUUCUAGGCAUCGAACCAAGGAAGAACGUGAAACUAGAAAAUCCCUUCGUAAGUCUACCAGAUUCACGAAAAAUAGAUCCAAAAGAGAAUUAGCCAAAAUUAAAUGCUAUAAGUGUAACCAGUAUGGUCAUAUAGCUCCAAAAUGCAAAUUACAAAAACUCAAGUCCUUAGGACUUUCUGAAGAAGUUCAUGACCAAGUCUAUAAUUUAUUAUAUACCUCUGACAAAGUUGAACAAUUGAAAAGGGAAAUUGUUUCCUUAAAACAAAAUCAGAUGAUCUCCGAUCAUAGAAUUUCAAAAAUUGAAGAAAAGAUUAUUGAAAUCCCUGAAACUUCUUUUACCUCAAAAGGAAAAUAA